CUACAUGAGGUCCCUGGUAGGAUUAAACUUGAUUUGUAGCUGUAGGAUUUCUUAACAGAUGUAUUAUUGGGCAGGGAAUAGAGAGCCCACCAGCACGGUGAAAUUGGAACACGACUGGCGUUCUGGGGAAGUCUGCUGCCUGCUAAAACAGCAGCUGCAUGUGGAUUUGACUUCUUUCAGGUGAAGCUCCUUCCAGUCACUUGGAAAGGAUGGGAUGAAAAAGAACGUCGGUGAUAAUUUUGAUGUCUGCAAGAUUUAGUACCAGUGUAAUGGGAUUAUCAGUAACACCUUCAGCGCAGGAAAAAGCCACCUGGCGCUUUAACUGGCAGUAACUGCAAACUAAUCCGUUCCCAUCUCUUGGAUGUCAUUCAUGAGGCUCGAAGCGAUUUCCACCCCGCGUGCUGUGAUUAAUUUUAUAAACAUCACAAAAAAAUCAUGUGACGGAGAGGACAGCAAAUGUAUUCAUAGGAGAAUAUGGUUUAUGUCUUGGCCUCUGGCAAGAAAUGCUACAACUUUCUUUACUUCCUGCUGCAUACUGAAACAGGACAGAGAUUAUUACAAUAAAGAACACCCAGUAUGAUAAGAAAAGUGUUGGGGAAGACACUGGGCUUCCUGGGAUAUGCUGUUCAGUAUGGCUGCAUAGCUCAUUGUACAUUUGAAUAUCUUGGAGAGAUAGUAAUUUGUUCUGGGCCAUCGAUGGAACCAACCAUAAAGGAUUAUGAUAUCUUAGUUUGUGAGAACUUGAGUCGACACCUUUUUUCAAUUCACAAGGGUGAUAUUAUAAUUGCGAAGAGUCCGAACAAGCCAAGCAUUAACAUCUGCAAAAGGGUAAUUGGAUUGGAAGGUGACAAAGUCUGUACUAGCAGCCCAUCAGAUUUCAUCAAGAGGCACACAUAUGUACCCAAGGGCCAUGUUUGGUUAGAAGGCGACAAUCUAGAAAACUCUACAGACUCGAGAAGCUAUGGACCAGUUCCCUAUGCCUUGAUCAGGGGACGAGUUUGUCUAAGGCUUUGGCCUUUUAGUUCCUUUGGGCAUCUACAGGAUAAUCCUAAUGGACGUGUAAUAAAAGAUUGACCAUGGAUGGCUGUAUUUUUAUUUUAUAACCCCCUAGAGAUGAUUUUAAUUUAUUAAUGAUAUAGGUUGAUUUCUAAUAAAGUAUUUCUGC